ACACUGCAAUUUCGGAGAUUAGGGUUUGCGAAAAAGUUAAAACGACGACGUUCUCUCGUUCUCCCACGUUCCCGCUCUUGAGAAUUCAAAUCGUGAUAUUCGGAUUUCAUGAACCAAUUUGCUUGGACUUGUAAACCCUUUUUCCGGAUUUGUGCAUGAACUCUUAUUAGAUUUGUGGGUCAGUUGAGAAAUCAGUGUUGAUCUGUGAAGUAGUUGCGAGUUGCAAUUGUGGGUCAGUUGCUGGGCUUGGACGAUGGCAAUGGCGACUCUGCGUCAAGCGCGAUGGCUAUCUCACACAUGCAUCGCGGUUAGUAGACGAACGUCCAUUGAUUCUUUGCAUCGGGUGCAGCCGAUGCAGCUGCUCCACAGUGGGGUCGUUGCUUCUUCUUCGAUUGUGUGCCCACCUGCUACUGCUGCUGUGUAUGAAACCCUAGGCUCUCCCGAUCAGGUCCUCAGGUUGGUUCAAAUGGAUGGUCGUGAAUUAGAAGAUGGAGAAGUGUGUGUUAAGAUGCUGGCUGCCCCAAUCAAUCCAUCUGACAUCAACCGAAUCGAAGGGACCUAUCCGAUGAGGCCUACAGUUCCAGCAGUGGGAGGUACUGAAGGUGUCGGAGUUGUCGUGGCUGUAACGCCUGGAGUGCGGAACCUGACGAUUGACGAUUGGGUCAUUCCCUCUCAUCCUCACCUGGGCACAUGGGCGACUCACAUAGCGAAGGAGGAGGGUGCAUGGUGUAAAGUGGGUCAAGAUGUACCUUUGGAGUAUGCAGCAACUAUCUCUGUUAAUCCUUGCACUGCAUUGCGCAUGCUGACGGACUUCGUAGACCUGGAAGCUGGGGAUGUCGUUGUUCAGAACGGGGCAACGAGUAUGGUGGGCCAGUGUGUCAUUCAGCUAGCUCACCUGCGUAAAAUACAGACUGUUAAUCUCGUUCGUGAUAGGUCGGGUGUUGAUGAGGUGAAAGCAAGACUCUCAAGUCUUGGUGCUGAACACGUGUUUACCGAGGAAGAAUUGGGCAAACUGGACAUGAAAAAUUUCUUGAAGGAGAUAGGGGCAGGAGCAAAACUUGGUCUUAAUUGUGUAGGCGGAUCUACUGCAACUGCUGUCAUGAAGCUAUUGGGAGAAGGGGGUACUUUGGUUACAUAUGGUGGAAUGUCUAAAAAGCCCAUCAAACUUGCCACGGGGCCUCUAAUUUUCAAGGAUAUUCAACUACGAGGAUUCUGGCUCGGGAAGUGGAAAACGAAACAUUCUAAUGAAGACUUUGCGGCUAUGACUAAAUACCUUCUUGAGCUUGUUCGAGAUGACAAGCUGCGCUAUAUAACUGAGAAGGUUCCAUUUGAAGACUUCAACCAUGCACUUGAUAAGGCCAUGGGCAAACAUGGGAGCGCACCCAAACAGGUUCUUGUGUUUAAGUAGUGAAUCCUUGCACACAGUUGUUAUUGAUAUACAUGAAUGCCUUCUUGGACAUUUAAGUUGCAAAACUUCGAUACACUUGUAAGGUUAGUCUCAGUGAUGGAAGCUUAGUGGAAGAUUAUGAAAAAAAUAAUCAAAUAAAGAUAGUUCUUUCUUUAAUUUGCAAGCAUGUUUUUGUUUGAUGAUGAAAUCACUCAAAAUUUAUAAAUAAAGAAAAUGUUAUAUUGGUUAAUACAUGGCUUUUCAUAACAAAGAUAAACUCGAAGUAUUGUGGCAAUGUGUACAAGUGUCUUCCUUGCAGGUUGUCCCAAUAUACGAUCGUUCUACAAAUAGUUUUGCAACUGUGCUUGACCUGGAUUUGAGAUUCUGAAGUUGCAGAAAGGAAUGAGCUGGGAGAUUGAUGCAAUGAUGGAUUGUUGCGUACUGGAAACACCGUGGCAAAGUCAUGAAACAGAAAACCACUUUGCUCACAUUGUAACUUAAUGCCUAUUCAAGUUGUUCUACAAUUGAGAGACAUGCUGCUUCUUCUCUUGA